GGUGCCCAGAUGUCAUCCAUUCACAACUUCGGUUGCAGGAGGGGAGGCUAAAACAGUCAAGAAAGACACGGAGCAGGUUGUCAUUUAGCUUAGACUUAGUCCGUAGCUUCCACUGUAUUUGUCUAAUCUUUUUUUCGUGUCAUGUCGUCUUGUACGGUUGUUUUCACGCUGCUGUGUUCGGCCGUGCUCUCUGGGAGUUCCGCGCGCAGGUCCUCGCCGGAUCUGGAGGAUGUUCAGGGGAAGAUCGACAGCGCGAGGUGCACUUCCAGGUGCCUGACUCUGCACAUGACACAGCUGACGGCUGCCUUUAAGCACAUCCAGAGUGAUGAAGUGCUGGGUUGGUGUGAGAACCACAGGCGCUGCUCACAGUGUCUUCAGCCCUGUAAGGACUAUUGGCAGACUAAAAAGCUGCUUGCACCAAAGUCUUGCGAGAAGCAGACAGAGUGUGUGACCAGCAGGGAGUUCCUUGAGUCUCUCAGGUCCUCUCGUCAGGGGGACUGCCCCUCAGCCCAGAAAGCAACGGGAUUCGCUGCCGCCUGUGUAGAGAGCUGCUCGGUAGACAGGCAUUGUCCCGCCCCCAGGAAGUGUUGCUCCAAUGGCUGUGGCUACACUUGUCAAUCACCAGCCAAUCUUUAUAAAGGAGUCCCGCUGAAACCCCGCAGAGAGAUGAGCUUCCUGGAGGACGGCCAAGGGCACGCCAGGGUCGCCUGGGUGUCAAAGUUCAACGUGAGCGUGGAGCCCGUGGUGUACGUGCUCCAGUCCCGCUGGAACACGGGGAUACACCCCAGCGAAGACCACGCAUCUCCGUGGAACACCGUUGCUAUGAGCUUGUCGGAGCGCGUGGUUGUGCCGGAGGUCCGGUCCCAGCGCUGGUACCAGUUCAGGGUGGCUGCCAUCAACAGCCAGGGGAGCAGAGGGUUUACCACACCCAGUAAACACUACAUCUCCAGCAGAGAUCCUUCCCCCCCUGAAGCUCCUAUAAACAUAAGAGUCACCAAUCAGACGCUCUUCUUGGCCACUCCCGGACUGGGACCUCAUUUGAGAGCAAGAUCCGGAGGCCAGGCUCCCGCGGUGGGGGUGCUGGUCCGCUGGGAGCCCCCAAGAGAGGGAGACCUGCCGGUGCACCACUACAGAGUCACCUGGACGCCCCCCCGACACAAGCCGGCGCUGCAGGGCCUGGCGCCCCCCGCCUCGCAUGCCCGUGGGCCGGCGGCGCACCGACACAAGGCCCACACGGGCAAGCAGGACCAGAAGGAGAGCACCAGCCGAGUGACGCCGGGGGCCCAGUGUGAGCUCUGGCUGCAGGGUCUGAGUCCUGCUACGUCUUACUCCCUGUUUGUCCAAACCGUCAACUACUGGGGCCAAAAGAGACUGAAAAGUCCUAGGUCCCAAGUUACAUUUACCACUAUAAGUGCUACAGAAUCCCCUUCGCCGGACUCUGCCAAAGACUUCUCCAACGAGCUCCCGUUUUCCUCCUCUUCCUCCUUCCACCCUCCUUCCUCCUCCUCCUCCUCUGCUGACCCACCCGUCUCCUCCUCCCCGCGGCCGGCCCCAGCCGUCGCCCCCGGCGACCUGCGUCUGGAGGCUGCUGCCCCUCACUUCCACAACAGCCAGUUGCAGGUCAAGGUGUUCUGGAAGUGGCUUCACCCAGGCAGACACAGACACUCCGGCCCAUAUGUGCUGCGGUGGAGUCCACAUGCCUGUGGUACUAAUGUUACCAGCACUGAGAAAACAGCCAGUGUACAGGGCACCCAUCACACCAUCACUGGCCUGCUGUUCUCCUGUAAGUACCAGGUUACCGUGACAACAGAGGAGGUCCUGGGGUCCGAGGCUGUUGCUUGGGUAACGACCCCGGUUUGCUCCUCUCUCAAGGUCAGGGGAGGUCAAACCUCACCCUGUGGCGCAGACGAGCGCCCCCUGGCCAGCCGGAAGGUCGUACUGCGCCCAGAACGGCUUAACGCUGAUUUCCAACAACUGAACAGGACCCUUCUCGCCACGUUCCGUUGGAGGCUUUCCCAGAAUGCAGUGGAUCAUGCAGCAAUCAAGGGGUUUCAAUUCACGUGGAAGCAGCUGACCCCACCCUCAGGCGUUUACAUGGCAACCGGUCUGGAAGAGACACUCAUUUCACAGUCCCAGACAGUGGCUCCGUCCCAGCGGUCAGUGACGGUGAACAACCUCCAGGCAAACACUUUUUAUCAGCUGCAGCUCCAAAUUAUGACAGCAGAGGGGGUCAACAGCGCAUCAAUCUCCAAGACCAUACACACACCGGCUAUCAAUGAAACACUACUAUAGGAAUUGUUCCAAACGUACCCGUCUUUGUCCACUACAUUACUCAAGUCUCUCUCUCUCUCUCUCUCUCUCUCUCUCUCUCUCUCUCUCUCUCUCUCUCUCUCUCUCUCUCUCUCUCUCUCUCUGUCUCUGUCUCUGUCUCUGUCUCUCUUCUCUCUUCUCUCUCCUCUCUCCUCUCUUCUCUCUCCUCUCUCCUCUCAUUCUCUCAUUCUCAUCUCCAUCCGUCUCUCUCUGUCUGUCAUGUCACAAGCAGAGUGAAGAAAAUUUGACCAAAACUGUCAAGAAUAAAAAAGCUGUUUUCUGUCUGGAAAGCUUUCUUACAUCCGAUGCCAAUAUCCAACAGUUAUUUCGUACUGCCAUUUUUGAUUCAUACUGUGGAAUACAAAUGUAUUUGAAUCAUUAUCGUUCAGCUGUUAAGGCUGAGAUUGUAAAUAUUUAUUUUGAGGUGAUCAAAUGGUAUCACUCGAGAGACCAUUGGUUCUUGCCAAAAGAUCAUCUUGCUUUCUUUUUUGAUCAAGCAAAUUUGAAUAUUGCAUUGCCAAUGUGUUGAGGGGGCGAAAACCCCACUAACUCAAUUGUAAUUUGAAUGUAAUUAAAAGAACAGCUAUGUUAAAAGCCAGUGAUUCCCAAUGUGAAGUGUAAGGACCUUUUACAUGUGUACAGAAAAAACAAAACAUUUUCAUAUAUCACUUUUUUAUAUAACUAAACUGGCUGGCUAUCAUAUUUUUAUGACAAUAAAUGUUGGAUGACCCCUCAAAUCUCAAAAUAGUACACUGAAGCCCAAAUGUUAAUUCAUUAUAAUGGGUUAUUUUAGAAGGAAAUAGAUUCACAUGUAUCCAUUGGAGAAUGUGUCUGUAGCCUAUAACGAUUCUCUAAUAUUGAUUAUAGCCCUUAUACCUUUGUCGUAUAUAUUUUUUUUUGUGUCGUUUUGUUACUGUUAGUUGUAUUUAUUGAUGUGUUAUUAAAGAGUAUUGACUUCCA